UCGGAGGGACUGAGAAUGCCCGUGUUGUACUGACACAGUAGCGAUACGGGCUGAGCAGACAUGGAGGCCCGAUUAACGAGAGAGGCCAGUGUUGACACAUCCAGGCCCAGCUAACGACAAGUCGUUGUGGAUUUCAGAGCAUCUCGGGAAAUAUUACGGAUACCAAUUGCUGUAAGGAAAAGAGGAUUUUAAGAGCGAGGAGGAAGAAAUAAAGGGAGAUCCAUUUCGGGUCUCUGUUGAUUCAACGCAGCCGCCAUUUUGUUGACAGUUAGUGUUUUUUUAAUAACCUACACGGCGCUGCAUCUGCUAUAUUCUACCACUGGAAUAUAAUUCACCACAUUUUUUUGCGAGUGCUCUCCAGCCGAUUUAAUUCUGUUGGAAGAUAUAAAGAUGUGUGGCCACCACGUUGAUGCACAUGAAGGCAGGACACAGAGCCGAAUAAUGUGAUCACUUGUUUCUGGAAAAAUACAGAGUUGAAGGACGGAGAAAGAGGGCUGGACAGCCAAGAAGGGAGAGGAGCCCCAUCAAAAUAAGGGGAGCUUCACCCUCACUGCUAUCCCCCUCCCCCUUUCCCUGUCACCCCUAUCCCAUCCCCACACAAAUACUCUACCUUGUAUCCACAAAAUCUCCCUCUGAAUAGACGUGCAUACGCCCAAAAAUUCCGAUGGAUCAGAAGAUUCAGGGGAGAACUGCAACUCCACCCCCCCUCCACUCUGGUGCCCCCUCAGGGGAGCGCGAAAAGGAGGGUGGAGGUGGGAAAAAAGAGGAAGAGGAUGAAAAACAGCGGGACAGAGAAAAAGAGGGAGCUGCUGCUGUUCUAGCUGGUGCAGGAGGUGCAGGUGGGGCUGCAGGCGCCAGUGGUGACCAGUCCCAUUUCUCCAUCAAAGAGAGCAGCCUGUCCGAGGGCAAUGUCAAACUUAAGAUUGGCCUUCAGGCAAAACGCAUGAAGAAGCCCCCGAAGAUUUUGGAGAACUACGUGUGCCGACCAGCCUUCCGGGCCACUGUGAGGCACACCGGUCGUGGAGGAGGCGGUGCCCGUGGAAACCGUGCAGGAGCUACAGGUGACGGGUCACACGGUCAUAGCCAGAGUCCUUCACAGGGCCGGGAACAAGACAGAGAAAAUAGUUCCAGUGUGAACAGAGCACCGGCUUCGCAGUCUUCAUCUGCCCUCUCUGCUAAAGCCCCGAAACCGGCUUCCCCAGCUCCCCCGUCUGGUAAUACUUACACCUCCUCAGCCUCCCAGGUGAACGGGAAUGCUCCAGUGAAAAAGGGUCCAACAAAGAUGGAUUGUAAGCCUGAUACAAAGUCAGAGACAAAAGCCAGCACUACCACAUCAGAGAGACCCCUUAACCUUCAUCGCCCUCCACCAGAUGGCAAAACACAUUCCUCUGGGAAGAAAACACCAACUCCACAAACCAACCCCCGCACUUCUUCACCUUCCUCACCACUACCUGCAUCAAAAGAACCCAGCUUUGAUGGUGUUAAGCCCCCUCAAUACACUUACAGCACAGAAGGUCAGAAAGACAAGGAAAAGGGUGUCCAAAGUUGGGGAGCGCCCACAGUCACUGAGAAACUAGCCCAACUUAUAGCGACUUGCCCUCCAUCAAAAACCCCUAAGCCAACUAAACCCACAAAAAACGAUCCCACCCCUUCUCUUCCAAGCUCAGGCUUUAUGGCUCCCACAGCCAAGCAACGGGACAGGGCAAUGGCCAAUAGGAACACAUAUUCAAGAAUGGUGCACCUGUCUCCACCACCCCCUGUUUCAAGACCACCUGGUCGGCCCUAUGGUUCUCGGAACAAAGACAGCGUCUCCGAAAAUUCCCCCUCUUCGACGCCACUAAGGAAGGAGGACACGGAAGGAAGUGGAAAAGUUAUUGGUAGUAGCAGCAACAACAGCGGCGUUAAUAUAUGCAGCAGCAGCCCUGCAUUCACCUACAGCAAUAACCAUCUGUCAGCCAUGUCAAAGGAGAGCAGCGGUGACAACAGCAGCAGUAGUGCGUCGAAGCCACUGUCACGUCCUGCUCACAGUUUAUCACACACCACGUCUGCUCCAUCUUGUCCUGUUUCCUCCUCUUCCUCCAUUUCAGCUGAGCAGCGGACAGUAAGUGCAGUGAGUCACCUGGGCCCCGCUGCUCCCUCACAAGGACACCAGGCACGAGAUUCCCCAUCCCCGUCAGAGGACAGUGGUGCAGGGGAGAGGGAGAAGGACAAUGAUGGCCCCAGAGAUUUAACCAAGUGCCCUUCUUCAGCGGGAACAGGAAAGCCAGAGGGGAGAGACAAGGGAGCGAGUAAUCAGUCACUGCAUGCUGAGAGGAGUAAGAGCUCUAGUCCAAGCAAGCGCAGCCCCAGCCGGGAUAGUAGUCGACCGGGUCGAACCAGCAGUCCUCCUGAGUCCAUAAGACAAAGGGCACCUUCUCCAUCAGAAUUAGACUAUGACGAAGGCCCACAAACACCGCUUAGAGAUGAUUCUCCUGAUUCAUCCAUAGACUCACCUGCAGAGCAGGACAGCAAACCCCUUAAAAAGCGCAGGGGAAGAAAACCCCGCUGGACUCGUGUGAUGAACAAGCCACAGACUCAAAGAGCAGGCCAGGACAGCCCCUUCAGCGAGAACAAAACCAACAUGCCUUUAUCUUCAAGCUUGGAAACACCAUCUGUACCGGUUAAAAGACCUGUGGGCAGGCCCCCCAACCCAAAUAAGAUCAAACCAAAUCCUGUGCCACAAACUUCAGUGUCACAGCUCUUCCCUCUCCAGCCUAAGAAAAGGGGAAGACCGAAGUCCAAAAUGCCAAGGCUUGAUGCUCCUGUCCCUGGGAACCUCCCUAACAAGCUUGCUCCCUCAAAGGUUUUUUCAUCUUUGCUGAAGUCCAAGGAAGAGCAGGACCCACCUGUUCUUCACCCAGAGAUUGACUUUAACCCUCCUAAACCUAUGCCUAGAAAACGUGGACGUCCCAAGCGCCUUCCCCCAACUUUGCCACAAGAGGGUCAGCCUCCCACAUUGGCCCCAGAAUCAGGAGAAAUGGGAGACAAGCGGUUCCGGAGUAAAGGAAAUGGGCAGCUUAUUAUGAGAACUAUUAUUGGCAAGAUCAAUAAGAUGAAAAGUGUGAAGCGGAAGCGUAUACUGAGUCAAAUCUUACUAGGUCCAAGGACUGAAGACACCCCUAAAGGGAACCCCAGUGGGGUGUCUGGCACUGUGGAAGCCACAACCCAGUCGUUAUCCUCUCUGGCGGCUUCUUUUGGGGGUAAGUUAGGGCCACAAAUUAAUGUCAGUAAAAAGGGAACGAUAUACAUGGGUAAGAGGAGAGGCCGUAAACCGAAAGCAGCUGGUGGUAUGACGUCUACGACAUCACCAGACCACUUUCUUUCUCCGAACACUGCUUCUCCUCUCCAUCACCAUCAGUCACAGUCCCAGCAGCACCAGCUAUCCUCCUCCGAGGUAUUUCCUUCUCCCUCCCUCUCACAGUCGAGUGGAGGCCACAGUCCCAUCAGUGAUGCCAGCUUUGUGGAGCCAGGCACAGUUCACUUUUCAGGUCACUCUCACUAUUCUAACUCCCUUCACAGCCACAACACCUUCUCCUUCCCUCCCCCAACUUUUUCUGCCCCCAAUAAAGUCCUUGGCUCAGCUUCAUCUAUCGCCAUGUCAGCUUCCCAGAAAAAGUCAUCCUACCGUGGAUACCCUCACCACCACCACCACCAUCAUUACCGGCAGCACUACAAUUAUCAUAAGCUUUCUCCCCCAAGGCCGCUCCAUCCCACCUCACCUGCUCCCCUUAGUGAGCUAAAAGAAGCUACUCCGUCACCAGUCAGUGAGUCACACAGUGAGGAGACGGUGCCCAGUGACAGCGGCAUAGGAACUGACAACAACAGCACAUCUGACCGCGGUGAGAAGACUGGAGGCACCGGUGGCUUGGGCGGGAUUGGGAUGCUUCCUGGGAUGGGCAGUGGAUUAUUAAUGCCAAGUAUCAUCGGUUCAGCGAUGGCUACGGGAAUUGGCCUUAACUCCAGAGGCAGGCGUAGACACUCUGCCGUGCUUAUGGAACAUCCCUCACCCUCUCCAUCCCCCCAUGGUGCAAGGUCGUCUCCUGAUCCCCGGAAACCUCAUUCAGCAGCUCCUGUAUCCUCCUUAUUGGGUCACAAGGAAAAACAUAAGCACAAAUGCAAACGACGCAGCCAUGGAUGCCCUGGUUACGACAAGCUAAAGAGACAGAAACGGAAACGAAAGAAGAAAUACCUGCAGUUGCGGUCUAGGCGGCUUGACCCAGACUUUCUUGCUGAGCUAGAUGAGAUUAUUGUGAUGCUAAGUGAAAUCCGAAUAACACACCGCUCCACAGGGCACCGGCUCGGCAAUGGGCUAGGGAUACCAGCUGGAACAAGUCGAAUGUCAGGCCUGGGGAGCAGAGCCAGUGGUGUAAUAGGAGGCACAGGCGGCCCUCCUCCUCAUCAUUAUGUUCACAGAGAUCUGCUGCCUACAAUCUUCAGGGUUAAUUUUGGCAGGUUCUACUCUCACCCUGCAUACUCCUGCGACCCGCUGCACUAUGUUCGCAAACCAGACAUGAAAAAGAAACGGGGGCGGCCGCCCAAAUUGAGGGAGUCCAUGUCUGAGGUUCCUUUUGUACCCGGGCUUGGAUUUCCGCUCUCGGGUGGAGGUUUCUACCAUCCUUCCUAUGGAGUUCCCUACUCCUCCGGGCCCCUGGGGUUGGGCUAUUACAGAGGCUAUCCUCCAGCAAGUGCUCUGUAUCCUCACCCUCACCACCAGUCGCCUCACACAGCCCCUUCCCACCACACGCAUCACCCACCAUCUUUUCCUCCCCCUCCUCCCACUUCUUACAUGCAUCAUCACCAUCCUUCUCACCUUCUGCUGAAUCCCUCAAAAUUUCACAAGAAAAAGCAUAAGCUCCUUCGGCAGGAGUACCUGGGAGGAGGAAGGUCCCCUGUCCUGUUCCCACCGAUGUCCUCUGAGCUUUCUUUCAACUGGCACCAUAAACACAAACACAGACACAAACACAGGGAGCGUUUUUCUGAGGAAGACAGGGACGAAGCAGCAAGGAGUGGAUCAGGGAACCGGGCAGGUGCAGGGAUUUCUGACAAAGGAGGAUCAGGGAAAGGAGAGCGGGUUGGUGGUUUGGGAAUGGCAGAGUCUUUACAAAGAUGCCGCUUUGGAAGAGAGACCUCCAGUGCCACUACCAGCAAGCAAGCUGCUGCCGCCUCAGCCAACUCCCCUUCUUCUUCCUCUUCCUCAUCUGCUGACAGGUACAAGCGAAAAGAGAGCUCCAUGCCCUGUCUAGGACCUUCUAGACUUGCGCUGAGUAGUAGUUCUAAAGGCCAUCACCCAGUUGAAUCAUGGUUCAGGAUGGGGAGCCCGGAAGGAGAAUACUCUAAACUUUCACGGAGUCAAGUGGCAACUGGCCAAAGCUCAUUCCCAGACGGGCGAGCAGAUGACCCAGCAGGCUGCUCAGACAGCGAGGAUGACGAGCCUCUCACUCCCACAGAGGAUGUGGAAACUCACAAUUCUCCAAAUCUUACAAAUCUGUUCGCCUCUGCUCUCACCCGGAAGUCGCAGAAAGGAGGCAGGAGCAGGAAAGCUGACAUGGCUUUGGAGGGUUCCAGCUUCUCCCACAUGGAACGGCCAAUGAGAAAGGACCGCUCAACAUCAGCAGAGCGGAGAGAUUUAGGCUCAUCAGGUAUCUCGACAAGAGGCGUGUCCCUCCCAACCUCUGAAGGCCCUGAAGGAUCUCUGCACCAUCGGCCCUCCCUGUUCCAUUCCCACAGCUCGGCCUCCUCCUCCCUCCUCUCUGCCUCUCAGGACUGCUGCCUUGAUGCCUCCCUGCCCCACCACUCACACCGAGCGCAGCCACCCAAGCACAGCCUGCAUCACGUCAACAAAAUUCUGCGUGCCAAAAAGCUGCAGAGACAGGCUCGCACUGGAAACAAUGUGGUGAAGAAGAGGGGCCCCGGACGUCCCAGGAAAUAUCCACUGCCCUCUCCACCGCCAUCCCCACCCCCCAUGGUUGAGUUGAAUCAGAGCCGUCACAGGGACAGCGGGGGAGAGCGGCUGGCAGGGGCCAGGGGGCGGGAUGGUGAUACCGUCUCAGAUGCUAUUGAGUCGGUAGUCCAGGGCCAGCGUAGGAAAGGUCAGAAGAGGAAGCACUGGGAGAGAGAUAGAGAUGAUGAAGAGGAGGAGGAGGUUGAAGAUGACAGGGAGGUUGAAGAGACUGUGGAACAAUUACCAGACAGAGAAGAGACCAUAAGCAACUUAACUGCAAAGCCCAGAGCUGGGACCGGAAGAAGCUGGCCUGCACAAGAAGAACAUCAGGAUUUCCAGGGCUCAGUGGAAAGCAAGCCAGAUGGCCAGGGCCCCAUGGAGUGUCCAGGCCCCGUCUCUAGGGAACAAGCUCCACCCAUGCCCACGAACAACCCACGAGAAAAGAGAGCAGCUAGACCUCCGAAGAAGAAGUUCCAGAAAGCAGGGCUAUAUUCUGAUGUGUACAAGACUGAAGACCCGCGCAGUCAGCUUCUGCAGCUAAAGAAAGAGAAGCUGGAGUACAUACCCGGCGAACAUGAAUAUGGAUUGUUUCCUGCUCCCAUACAUGUUGGGAAGUACCUGAGACAAAAGCGUAUUGAUUUCCAGUUGCCUUACGACAUCUUAUGGUUGUGGAAACACGAUCAGCUUUACAAGAGGCCUGAUGUCCCCCUUUAUAAAAAGAUUAGAUCAAAUGUCUAUGUAGAUGUGAAGCCUCUUUCUGGUUAUGAAACGACUACCUGUAACUGUAGACCUCCAGAUCCAGCUGAGAAAGGCUGUUUGGAUGACUGCCUGAAUAGGAUGAGCUUUGCGGAGUGCUCUCCCAGCACAUGUCCAUGUGGUGAUCACUGUGACAACCAGCACAUCCAGAGACACGAGUGGGUCCAGUGUCUGGAGCGGUUCCGUGCUGAAGGGAAAGGAUGGGGUAUCCGUACUAAGGAGACUCUCCGGUCUGGCCAAUUUAUCAUUGAAUAUCUUGGAGAAGUUGUUAGCGAGCAGGAAUUCAGGAGUCGAAUGAUGGAGCAGUACUUCUCGCACAGUGGCCAAUACUGUCUGAACCUGGACAGCGGCAUGGUGAUUGACAGCUACAGAAUGGGCAAUGAGGCACGCUUCAUAAACCACAGCUGUGAACCCAACUGUGAGAUGCAGAAGUGGUCAGUGAAUGGAGUGUACAGGAUCGGUCUGUUUGCCCUUAAGGAUAUUACUACCGGGACAGAACUCACCUAUGACUACAACUUCCAUUCCUUCAACACAGAAGAACAGCAAGUGUGUAAGUGUGGCUCAGAGAGCUGCAGGGGCAUCAUUGGAGGAAAGAGCCAACGUAUCAAUGGCCUGCCGGGGAAAACAGGAGGGGCUCGACGGCUGGGUCGCCUCAAAGAGAAGCGGAAGUCAAAACACCAGCUCAAGAAGCGAGAGGAAGAGUCGAGUGACAGCAACAAAUUUUAUCCCCAUCUCAUGAAACCUAUGUCUAACAGAGAGAGAAACUUUGUGCUGAAGCACAGAGUUUUCCUCCUGAGAAACUGGGAGAAGAUGAGGGAGAAACAGGAGCUGCAGAAGAGAGAGGGUGACAGAGAAAGGGAUGCCAGCAGCCUUUCCAUUUACACGCGCUGGGGAGGAGUUAUCCGCGACGACGGCAACAUCAAGUCAGACGUGUUCCUGACGCAGUUCUCAGCUCUGCAGACGUCCCGUUCGGUCCGCACACGCCGACUUGCCGCCGCUGAAGAAAACACAGAAGUGACACGCACUGCUCGCCUCGCACACAUCUUCAAAGAGAUUUGUGACAUGAUCACCAGCUACAAGGACGCAGCCGGCCAGACACUCGCUGCUCCUCUGGUGAACCUCCCAUCUAGGAAGAGAAACAGCCAGUACUAUGAGAAGGUGUCUGACCCUUUGGACCUGAGCACCAUUGAGAAGCAAAUCCUCACCGGCCAUUAUAAGACUGUGGAAGCGUUUGACACAGACAUGCUCAAAGUGUUUCGCAAUGCCGAGAAAUAUUAUGGCAGGAAGUCAUCGGUGGGCAGGGACGUGUGUCGGCUGAGGAAGGCCUACUACAGCGCUCGCCAUGAAGCUGCCGUCCAGAUUGAUGAGAUUGUGGGUGAAACCGCCAGUGAAGCAGACAGCUCAGAUUCUCUGGAACGGGACCAUGGCCACCACCACCACGGAGGGGGGCCCCAUGACAAAGAUGAUGACGUCAUCCGUUGCAUCUGUGGAAUGUACAAGGACGAAGGCCUGAUGAUCCAGUGUGAAAAGUGCAUGGUGUGGCAGCACUUUGACUGUAUGCGUCUGGAGACCGAGGUGGAGCACUACUUGUGCGAGCAGUGUGACCCUCGGCCUGUAGACACGGAGGUUCCCAUGUUACCACAACCCAGCUAUGCACAGGCUGGCUCUAUCUACUACAUCUGUCUCCUUAGAGAUGACCUGCUGCUGCACCAAGGUGACUGUGUGUAUCUGAUGAGAGACAGCAGGCGCACACCUGAGGGCCAGCCCGUCAGGCAGUCUUACCGUCUCCUGUCUCAUAUCAACCGGGACAAACUGGACAUUUUCCGAAUUGAGAAACUUUGGAAGAAUGAAAAGGGGGAGCGGUUUGCCUUUGGUCAUCACUAUUUCCGUCCUCACGAGACACAUCAUUCGCCAUCUCGGCGUUUCUACCAGAACGAAUUGUUCCGUAUGCCACUGUAUGAGAUCAUUCCUCUGGAGGCAGUGGUGGCAACCUGCUGUGUCCUUGAUCUUUACACUUACUGCAAGGGACGGCCGAAGGGUGUGAAAGAGCAGGACGUGUACAUCUGUGAUUACCGCUUGGACAAGUCGGCCCACCUGUUCUACAAGAUCCACCGUAACCGUUACCCAGUCUGCACCAAGCCAUAUGCCUUCAACCACUUCCCCAAACGGCUCGCGCCCAAAAGAGACUUCUCGCCUCAUUAUGUUCCUGACAACUAUAAGAGGAACGGUGGCCGAUCCGCCUGGAAAAGCGAGAGACCCAAAGAAGCUGGAGGCUGCGAGGAUGACGGCUCGUCAUGCGACCGGGGUGAGGACUUCUCACACGAAGCAGAAGAGGGAAGAGGAGCAGAGGACGACGUGGACAUGGCUCGAGAGGAUCCCGAACAGCUCGCAGCGACACCCAGACGAGCCGAUCGGGAAAGAGGAGGAGAGGAGGAUGAAGAGGAGGAGGAAGAGGAGGAAGAAGGACAGGAGGCAGAGGUGCGCAAGGAGUUAGAGGAAGGUUCCGAUGAGAGGAUAGGAGAGAUGCUUGAACUCCCAUCCUCAUCAGCCUCCUCGCCUCUUCAUCACCCAGCUCUGGGCAGGAGAGAGGCCCAGAGAGAGCGGCUCAACAAGAUUCUGCUGGAUCUGCUCCAUAGAACACCCAGCAAGAACGGUGAGGGACCGGGAUCAGAGCAGGGGGCCAUUGAUGUCACUUAUCUCCUUGAGGAGGGAGCAGGGCGACGGCUGCGAAGACGGACGCUUGGAUUUGGAGAUUUUGUUGGCAGAAAAUAACGUUUCCACGUGCCUGUCACGGUUGCUGCCUUUCACUGUCGUGGGAAGGGAGCAGAAAAUGAAGAGACGGCAAGAAGGGAAAUGAGCGUUGUUGGUUAUUCAACCAUUACGGACCACAAUGCAUCCCUAGGGGUCUCUUCCAGUUUACCUCUUCCUAGACUGUCGUCUCAACUCUGAGAAAGUGGAGGGGGUUUGGAAGCGCUGACUCGGAGGCAAUUUCAGCUUGUCAAGGGGUUCUCAUGCUCGAGGAUAGAGCUGACCCAGAUUUAUUUCCUAUUUAAGUAGUAUCAUGAGACAACUCUUUUUUUUCUCAAAAUGAAUUAACAUAGGAGAAAUAACCCAUGCACUUAAAUGCAUUGAACAUUACAAACAUGGGUAGAUGUAUUCCACUAGCAGGCAUAAAAAAUUAAACAACUGGUACUGAGUAGGAACAGACAGAGAGGCAAGUGUGAAUGCUGAAGAAUUGUUCCCCCUGGUGGGAUUUAGCUGCAACAACAAAAUGUAACUGAUAACUGAUAAGAGAAGCUCUGCAACGGGACCGUGGAGGGGGGUGUUGUUGGAGAAAUGAUGAGCGGUGUGCUCAGAUGCUGCUCUUUAGAACGAGAGAACAAGGGCGGUGAACUGCACUUUUGGUACCGUGGAUAUUGUGAAGCUCUGUAAUGUAUCUGUAAUGAAUCACACUAACACUCACAGUAUUGGAUGAUGCAGUCUGGAAAAAAAAGCAAGUUCAAAGUUUAUUAUCUUUUUCCUGUUAUACUUAAGAAACUCAUUUAGGAACAGAAGAGGCCCAUGGUAUGUUCUUAGACGUUAGGCAGGAGCCGGAGGAUUGAGGGUGUGCUUUUGUCGGUCAAAGUGUCUUGUUAUUAUUUUUGACUUUGUCGUGAGGCAGUCAGCUUCACCCCUCUUUUUUGAAGUAACAUGAUUCACCAGCUUAACUAAAUAAGGCAGAGGGAGGGGGGACACCGGCUUCAACUGUAACGCCUUACACAGCCGUGCUCUCCCACUGCCUUGUGUGCGAGUGUGUGUGCGUGCGUGCACACUUAUUGUGUGACUGUAAUAUUUCAUGAAAAUAUACCUUUUUAAAAAAAACUUUGAAAAAAAUAAAUAAAUUAAGGGCUUGAUGGCAAUUAACAGUUUUAAGAAAACUAUGGAAAACAAUACUUAACAUGAAAUGUAUCGUGAUGGUCAUAUUUUCUUAUAUUCUGUGAGACGGGUGGGGCGGUGUAUACUGUAUAUUAGUAUGGGGAGGGACUUAAGAUCUUUUUUUGUCUUUCGAAUAUGUUCCUGUUUGCCAUGCAGAAUGUUUUAAAAAGAAAUUGUGAUAUUUGAGGAGAUUACCAUUUUUCCCCAAAUGCCUCCGCUAAAAAGGGACAACCUGCAAUGUCCCACAGUGGUAAACUGACAGAGAAAGUGACGAGAAUGAGACACCGAAAGCCGGAGAGAGGGAACAGGAAGCUGUACAGUGCCAAGUUAUGUAAAUAUACACACUUAACAUUGAGGAGUGUCUCCAAAAGCAAUAUCUUGAAAAUGGAUUUUGUUUAUUAUUCUACUGUACAGGACUCAGCCCUAAAUGUAUUAUGAUUAUUAUUAUAAUAUUAUUAUUAUUUCUUCCGUUUGUAUUACUAUAAUGAAGACACUUAAGUGCGGAAGAAAAUGAGUUUUGUAAUGUCAAGAAGAUCUCACCAUAACUGUCCUGACGACAUAAAACUUAAGCUGAGUUUUCGUUGCCUAUAAAUUAAGUUCUUCUAUGUACUGCAUGAUCGUGAAGAAUGUCGGACGGACACAGAAGGCAUUGGGACAUAACAGUGACUCAGAAACGACACCUUUGUCACUGAAUUUUGUUAAUAAUAUUCCUUUUAAGGAGAACUGUACUCCUUGUUUUUUGCUGCAAAGUGUUGAACACUAAAAAAACAAACCAACAUAAAAAUGUUAUGAUAUUUUCAAAUGGCGACAGAAACAAAAGUUAAAAAAAACUGUCUGCCCAAUAUCAUGCUACUAUAUUUUGUUUUUCUUUCAAAUAGGAAGCAGUUCCGUUUUGUGAUAGCAGUCAUGUAUGAUGCUUGUACUUGUAUUUGUGUGUUUUGUGCGAUCCGUUUAGUUAUUUUUAGACAAUCACAAAAUAAGAUGCAAGCAUUGUAAAUGGCAGACCGGUGGACAUUUUGUGAUGUGUACAGUUUGUCAGAAAAACUUCUUCCACUCGUUAAAAGUUUGUAAUUAUGAUUCUUAAGUCAUGAAAAAUGCUGUUGGUUUUUACUUUUUGUUUUAUAUUUGUUUUUUUGUUUUGUUUUGUUUUUUAAUAAAAGCACUACAUUAUUGUGAACA